GAACAGCGCUGAAACAAAUAGUUAUUAUAGCUAUUAGUUAUAGUUAAAAUCAAGCAAAUAACACUGCAACAAAUGGACUAUUAGUAGUGAAAAACAAAAUACAAAAAUAAAACAAAACACAAAAAGUAAACCAAAAUUUGAUCUAAUAAUUUUUCUGCUUUUAAAUUAACCAAGCUGGAGAAUUACAAAAUCAAAAUUUGUAAUGGUAGAUCUUACCCCGUAACGCACCAUUAUGAGGUGAUCGACACACGUUACGGGUUCAGUGCACGCUAGGUGGAUUGAUCUCCACAAACAUCAGAGUACACACCUUAAAAUAAUAAAGCAACAGAAGUUCUUCGGCAAAGCUGUCUUCUAAUUUGUUAAUUUUUUAUUUCUAAUACAGUCUCGCGUCCGGUUUUGCCGCCAAAACAAAGCUGUUUUAUCAUCUCCACGCUCGCGCUAGUGUCAAGCGGGUGGUUCUUCUACCUACCUACCUACCUGUAUCUCUUGCUAGAAGAUGACAUUGUUGUGGUUUCAAGUUCGUCUAGGUAUCCGGUUUACCGCGUGAACCCAUCCUAGGAAAAACUUAAGAGUUCAAUAUAAAUAGUGUGUUCUUGGGAAAUUAUCGGUUAGAUAGGCUAGAAUCAACGACCCGAAAAGUUCACCCUUGUGCGCAUAUCCGCUGGAAAGUGUUGGAAACGAAGAUGAAACUAAUUGUUUGUGUGUUGGCCGUGAGUUUGGUCUGUGCUGUGUGGGCUGACUCGGACCAGGAAGCUACGGUAUUGAGACAUGAUGCCGAAGUGAACGUUGAUGGAUCCUAUCAGUUUGCGUACGAGACUUCAAACGGAAUCCUGCACGAAGAACAGGGUCAACUGAAGACCGUUGGAGAAGAUCAGGCUGUGGUUGCCGAAGGUCGAUUCGCGUACACGGACGCAGAGGGCAAUAAGUUUUCCGUACAGUACGUAGCCGAUGAAAACGGAUUCCAACCGCAGGGUGACCAUCUGCCUACGCCACCUCCAAUUCCGGAGCUGAUUGAGAGGGCACUUCGGGUGCUGGCCGCCAAAUCUCAAAAGAAGUAAACUGUGCAUCAAGUAGCAUUUCAACUAGUCUAGCCAAAUGUGUGUUCAGAACACCUAGUCUAUAGUAACGAGUAUUCUGUAAUCAGAAAUGUAAACAUAAAUAGAUCAUGUAAUCAA